GGUCCUCUAAUCCUGGAUUUGAGAAUUAUCAAAGUGUUGUUCCGGGUGCAAAAGCUACUACGAAUCCUUCUUAACCAAGAUAUCAAUGAAUGGCUUCGUGAUAGCGUCGCUGAUAACUACAACCUAACGAUAUCUUUACCUAAUAUUGCGAAAUAUUCGCCACCUGUGCCGGGUCAACAUACCACAUCGUUUCCAGAGCCCUCAUUCAUCAUAACUGAGUCCGUGAUCUGGUUUCACAACCAACAAUGUCGUUACAAACCUAUGUUCUCGAAAAUGACGAAUGGGUGGCACGUACCAUCUCUGCCGACGAGCUUAUGAGAGACAACAGCACUCCUCACCGUAAGACGGGAAGACAGUCUUUCUCAAAGCCGCCUACCUGUGGCCUACUCACAAGAACAGUUGUUGAGAGUCCUGUUAUAAGAUGGGUGCUACCCGUGCAGCUUCGGUCAGCCCGGUAUAAUGACGUCGCAUUAAUUGGUGAUAAUUGCGUUCAGAUAUGUGAGCUUGGUCGUGAUAGGCAGCUCCAUGACGUCGUCAGAAAGAAAGAUUUCGGCUCCAGGAUACGAAAUGCCGUGGUCAUGGGCUCGCCUCAGUAUUCCCGCAAAGCGAGCGAGAGCAACGAGGAUACGACGCAUGUUAAAGCUGAGGACGGUGAUUCGGGAAUGGUCGACAUGGGAACCACGCUGCCCGGCUUCCGAGAUGUGAAUUCCAAGCUUCCUCCUCAAAUAUUAGUCUUGGUGCUCGAACGGGGCGACUUGGUAUUUCUGUUCUUGCAGCAGGGGCCUGCUAAUAGUUGGGUCUUCUUUACAUCCACCCAUAAGAUUCCUGCACAGCGCCUCAUUUGCCCCGGAUUCCACAUGGCUAUUGAUCCUUCCUCAAACUUUCUAGUAGUUGCAUGUUCCGACAGCCUCUUCAUCAUGUUUCAACUUCACUCGAUGGAAGACCUACAGGCCCAAUACUUCCUAAAGAAACCUUUUCAGCCCAUAAAAAAUAGGGCAGCUCGGUCGGUCAGGGGCAUCAUCCACAAGAUUGAAUUCCUUCAUCCAACACAUGGGAAUGAAAUACAAGUGAUCAUGAUGGUUAUUUUGGUCCAGCCUGAUAUUUCAAGGCUAGCAAUAUACGAAUGGGAUAGUAGGCUCGAUAUUCCAGAGACCUUCAUGGAUGAGCAGUUUGGUUAUCGUCUUGACAAUGAUUAUCGCAUGCCUCUGUUGGUUGUACCUCUGAAAGUGCGCAAUGCGUUUUUGGUCAUCACGGAGCGGAUUACAGCAACUUGUUCAAAUAUACUGGGAGGAUCCCCUGUAUUUGUCCAAUUUGAACUAGUAAAUCGGGAGGAUACUUCAUUACACCACGGUACUCGCGAACCGCUAUGGACAGCAUGGACUAGACCUAUACGCCAUCCACCGUACCACGAUAGUAAGGAUGUCAUCUACUUGGCGAGAGAAGACGGCUUCAUCAAUUUUCUGGAAUGCGGCGACGAGUUCGAAAUCGAAACCAGUGUUAGCAUGGGGUCUGUGGACUGCAACAUUGACACAGCAUUUGCCUCUCUCUUCCAUCCCUUCGGAGAUAUUCUAGUUACUGGUGGGGACUCUGGCCCUGGUGCAGUUUGGAAUGUUCAAGCGAGACAGUCCCCGCAGAGAAUUGGCUCGAUUCCGAAUUGGUCUCCUAUAGUGGACUUUGCUAUGACGAACUCAGCAAGAGGGGCUAUUGAAGAGAGUAAUGAAGACCCCAAUGCCUCAUCCCUAGCGAGUAAUGGGAAUAUAGUUCCAUUGCAGCAAGAAAAGAUUUUUGCUUGCAGCGGCAGAGGCAUGAGCGGUGCCAUUACGGAAUUUCGAUACGGAGUUCAGGCCAGAAUUGGUUUAGACCUUACGUACUCCUCCAACAUUAGGCAGUGCUGGGCUAUCUCUGACUUUGACGGUGUUGCAGAAGAUGGUUUCUUUCUUAUUCUGGCCCUUCCUAAUGAGUCAGCCGUUCUGCACUUGACUCGGGAUCUCGCCGAGGCAUCGGAGAAAGAUCACGAGGCCAUCCCAUACGACCUAUCUUCAACAACAUUAACUGUCCGUGAAGCUGAUGGUGGAGUGGUGCAAAUUACAACAAACUAUAUCACGAUUGCUACCCCAACAGGCUGUUCCCAGAGUUUAAUAAGUGAUGUAAUACGAGACCAUACUGCUAUCGUUUCGUAUGCAGCCGUUAGAUCCAACGUGGUCGCCUUGGCAGUUUACUCUGGAUCAAAGUUCAGUAUCGUCCUGCUUAGCAUUGUCGGUCUCGAAGUGUCCUUACGGAAAGUGCUUGAUAUCGAAGGCGAAGUUACUUGCCUUGCGGUAGAGGACUUUGGAGAUAGUCUUGUGGUCUUAGCCGGUCUUCGGCAAGGAGGGGAUUCAAUUAUUGCAAUAUAUCCGACUGAAAUAGACAGGCAAGCUUCGGUAGCCCCAAUCCUACUGAAAUUAUGUCCUACUACAACAAACCUAGGUCCCAGUGCCAACACGACGAACACCAUAGGGAAUAAUGCGUUCGGAGCCUUGACAAGUAUAGUUAGUCUUGGCGAACGCUCUGGAAAAGCCGUUGUUGUAAUUGGAACAAGAGAUGGAGACGUGCUUACUAUCCAACUUGAUCAGUCACAACCAGAAAACUAUGAGAUUUAUCGGGACAGACUUGGCGUGGCACCUUCUCACGUUUAUUCCGGUAGCAUUGUUGGAGAUGCUAACUCGGUCUUGGUGUGCACCGAUGCUGAUCUCGCAAUAAUGACGAGCUUUGUAACAGGCCGCCAAGGGGGUCAUUUUGAGGAGAUAAACCGCGUUUGGCCAACUGACGGAGAUAGGCCUUCUAUGUCUUCUCCGCCGAUCAACUCUGUAGCAUCGUUGUUUGAGCAACUCCCGGAAUAUGGAAGAUCGACAAUGGUGAUGAUUGCUGGCUCACGGAUAAUGGUCACCGAAUUCCAAUCUCGCCCAAAAUUGGUCCCACGAUACUUCUCCGUCCACGGGACGCCGAUCAAAGUUCUCUAUUAUAAAAGACUAGAGGCUCUUGUUACUGUCGUUUCGAAAGAUGGGAUACCUUCGUUACAUUUCCUUGAUCCCGCGACAGGGUAUGAUUUAUCACGACCUUUUGAAAGAGAAAAGUUGAACGAGGGCUAUAAUUACUACGGAGCGGAUUACAUCACGGGCCUUGGGAAUCCGGAAACUAGAGCGACGUCUCUUACAACGUGGUCUUACAGAGCUGGAAAUAUUCACGGAGAUUGGAUCGUUCUUGCUAUGCACAGGAGAGAUAACGAGGGUCUCCUACUAAUCAUCUCGGCCGACCUUGAGGAUGUUUCGAGUCGACCCGAUACGCCGCGUCGAAUACGUUUCUGGACUAAAUUCGAUCGGAAGAUACGGGACGGGCCCAUAUGGUCAGUUGCCACAGACGAGCAUGGUGUAUUUUUAUGCGUCGGAAACUGCAUCCAGUAUCACAUAAUCGAACAAAACAAGUUCAAAGUUGUAAAACAACACGAACUGCCAUCCCCAGCCUCAUGGAUGCAGGUAGUGAAUGGGCGACUACAUGCACUUACCAAAAAACACUCGCUUGUAAUCCUUGACUAUCAAAGCGAGCCACUUGGUGACAGUGGUCAGAUGAUUCGACUACACACAGACGACACCUGCCGGAGUGGGCUGCAUUCUAUCGAAGUACGCACGCCUUUGAGCGCUAUAACUAUGCUAUCUGACCCGAUGUGCGGGGUUCAUGGUUUAUGGGCCCCCUCUGAGAAUGAGCGACCGUUAAGUUUGAUAUUUCAAGCGGAGCUUCAAGGCUCUAUUAGGAGGUUUGCUCAAGGGUACACAAGAGCUUCGUGGAACUCGUCUAAGAAGCGAGCGCGCUAUGGUUGCCUUCAGAACAGCCCUCCUGGAUCAGAUAUCAUAGGUCUUACUAUCGAUGGUUCACUUCAGCACUUUGCGCUCUUGGGAGAAGAUGCCUGGAGAUUCCUCAGAUUCAUCCAAAACCUGGCCAUGGUGUCUCCAGCAAUCUGCCCGCAUACCUCGUCAGACCCAGCCGCGGAUGGGCCUGAUCCGGAGCCCAGAGCUAAUCCGAAGUUGAAUAUGCAAGUGGAUGGGGACAUCCUGCAAAGAUGCCUUGACAAGCGUGCAUUGGAAGAGCUAGUUUCAGAGCCACAGCAUAUACAACGAUUCCGAGAACUUCUUGAGCCCCUAGACGAGGACAACUGUUUAUCGCUACCUCAACCAGAUCCCAAUCGCAACACAGCAUACUAUGAACUGGGUUACUGUAUCUUGAAGUAUUAUCUAUCUCCUGUGCUUUGAUCUUGAUAUGAAUGCAAUUACGUUAAAGAGUUUUUAACUCGCAAGAAUCCGAUUUCAAAUACGUUACCUACGAAGUUGACAGGUAUCAAUGGGAAAUAACAACUUCCGAGAUUAGUGGUUGGCUAUCAUGUAGAAAAAGAAUGGUCCAGGUAGAUUUUACACUUUUG